ACCGUCGAGCAACGGCGGUCCUCUGCGAAAGACAACCACUGUGUGAAAUACAUUUGUGAUGCACACAGUCCGCCCGCCGAGCUGCAUUGUAUCUCUAGCGUCACAUAGCUCCGAGACGAGACUGAUCAGUCCCUGCUGCAUCUCCGGAGCUGCAUUGACGAUUUUUUUUUCUAAUCUAAUUUCGCGUUACCUCAAGAAAACCUCAGUGUAGAGGUGUACAUAUUCGAGUGUAUUUCAACAGCGCAUUUACUUUAAUAAUCGCACAAAGAAAACACCAGACGAACAGAAGCUUUGCUUUCUCGUUAAGCGGACACGAUGGGGAAACAGAACAGCAAACUGACCCCCGAAGUCAUGGAGGACUUGGUGAAGAGCACGGAAUUUAACGAGCACGAGCUCAAACAGUGGUACAAGGGCUUCCUGAAGGACUGUCCCAGCGGCCGGCUGAACCUCGACGAGUUCCAGCAGCUCUACGUCAAGUUCUUCCCAUACGGUGACGCGUCGAAGUUCGCUCAGCACGCGUUCAGGACCUUUGACAAAAACGGCGACGGCACCAUCGACUUCCGGGAGUUCAUCUGCGCGCUGUCCAUCACCUCCCGCGGAAGCUUCGAGCAGAAGCUCAACUGGGCCUUCAACAUGUACGACCUGGACGGAGACGGCAAGAUAACACGAGUGGAGAUGUUGGAGAUCAUUGAGGCGAUUUACAAAAUGGUGGGGACGGUGAUCAUGAUGAAGAUGAACGAGGACGGGCUGACGCCAGAGCAGCGGGUGGACAAGAUCUUCAGCAAGAUGGACAAGAACAACGACGACCAGAUCUCGCUGGAGGAGUUCAAGGAGGCGGCGAAGAGCGACCCCUCCAUCGUACUCCUCCUCCAGUGUGACCUCCAGAAAUGAGUGGGAGGGGGGAAAGUGUGGACACGCCCCCCCCCCCAGGACUGCACAGAAGAUAAAUGUUCCAUUCAGUUUGCAGCUAUUUCCACUGAAGAAAAAAAAAAUGCUUGGACUACCUUUCAAUGGAUCCGCUUCUUGUGUUUGAAAACACUUGUGUGCAUGAGAAUGUCAUUUGCUAAAGAAUUUUACACACAAACACGAGCAAACACACACAGACAUACAUGCAAACACACACCACGUACACAUAUAUAUAAAAAAACACAUACAUAUAUAAAUAUAAAUAUAUAUAUAUAAAUAUAUAUUAAAUUAAAGAAAAAACUGCCAAAAUGUGAACAGUGUGCAAAGUCAUCUCCAUUCAAUCUCACUCCACUGACGCUUGCGCAUCAGUGAUGUUGAACUACGCUAAUAUUUAUUGUUCAUGUUUACAGCACUAGCUAUGUGUUUCAUAUACUGAGUAAUGUUAACCAAACCAAAUUCCCAUGGUAAUGUAACUGUUUCUAAUAAGCCAUUUAUCCAUUCUCCUUAAGAAGAAUUAGAUCUGGAUGGACAAAGAGAUGGAUCCUGAAUAGUCCACCUGUUCCUUCUUAAUGUACUUGUACUGAUGGUGAAUAUAAAUGUAGUUUAUUUGCAUGCCUCUAGGUUCCGCCUUAAAAAUAAUCUCUCCUCAUUUUGCAUCCUAUAAAUUUAAUCAAGACAAAGCCUUAUCAAGGAAAUGCAGUUAAAAAUAGAUAUAAGAAAAUAAAAAUAGGAAAGGUCAUAUUGCACUAGGUCCUUUAUUAAACAGUAUUGUUGUAUGGGAUAUAUAUUUGUGAUUCGUUGAGCCAUUUUUGACUGCUGUACCUGUGGGAGCAUGUUUCCUUAUAAAUACUAGUAUGUGUUGCUAAAUUUAUUGUAGCACCCCUCUUUAAAAUCUGUCACUUCACAAGCCCCGUGGCAAUUUUCUUGGAUGAGGAGAAUUAAUUUUAAUGUGGCAAAUUUCGAAUGGCAAAACCAGCAGUACGUCGUUGGCCAUUGCGCCAGAUUAUGUGUCACUUAUCCCAUGCGAACGCACGAGCACCCGAGGACAAAGCCAAGGCCACUUUGUCUAUAAGGCACGACCGACAAGACCCCAGACAAAGAUCAAUCGGAAUCUGUUGCUUAGUAACGAAAUGCGGAAAUAGCGUUUGUCCGCAUUUCGUUUUACAAUUUGCCUUUUCCUGCCACCCAAUGAACACACAGGUUGCAUAUCAUUAGGAUUAACUCAGUAGAGCUUUACUCCAGUUUAUGCCUUCAGUGUCAGAAAGGAAGAGAGGGAGGGAGGGAGGGAGGGAGGGAGAGAGGUAGAAAAGGUAGGCAAGGCCACGCGUUCCGCGAGACAUCCACUGUUCUCACACUCUGUUUCGUCUCUCGAGCGUCGAACGAGCGAAUAGCGCAGAAAGAAGGCCUCGCAAACGCGGUUCCUUUUUCAGUGUAGCGAGUGCCAAAGCCCUUAAGCCACACAUUGGUAUGCAUUUUGCAUUUACAAUGUACUACAUUCUUUGUUUUGUACAAUUUUUAUUUUAUUUUUUAUUAUUAUUACCCUCCCACCCCCCUUCCACAUCUUCACUUCCAUUAAAGAAAACUGUAUAUAGACUCAUUAUUUUAAAAGGUGCAGUGUUCUCUACACAAAAGGCGGCCACCAGGCACUGGCUCCAGUCUCUAGGGCUUGAUGCACACUGUUCCAUAACAUACUGUGUCAGUGGAGGAGAAGCAAUGAAGUUUAUCGCUGCUUGAUGUUAUUAAAGAAAAGAUGAGAAAAAAAAGUAUCCUAUCUCAUUACUCUCACAAUUUCGAGGCCAAACACUUUUGCUGCCCACACGUUUAGGACAGUGUCUUCUUGCACAAUGAGCUCAGUAAGAUUCAGCACUACAGUAUCGACCCAAACCCAAGCUCUUGUCAGUUUGUAAUCAAAAGCUAUCUCUGCCCAGUAAUGUUUGUAUCAAAUAUGAGUAAUGUGUUCUUAUCAAAUACCCAGUUCUAACAACAGCAACUACUGAAGGUGUAAAGGAUUUUUAUUUGAUUUUAUUUUUUUGUACAUGUAGCAUGUUUAGUCCCUCUGAUGACACGGCUGCACUACUCCUUGUGUUGUGGUUUAAACUAAUAAAACAUCUAUGGGCUGUUUUCUGAA